AUGGCACUUGCUUCAGGCACAUCCUCGAAGCACAAAAAGGUGACGCGGCCCCUCCAUGAAGAGUUGGACAAAGCAGUGCAUGCGUGGUUUGUGGAAGCACGAGCCAGCAACGUCCCCCUGUCCGGAAGCAUCGUCCAGCAGAAAGCCUUGAACUAUGCAUGCCUACUUGGCAUUGAUGAUUUUAAAGCCAGCAUUGGCUGGCUAAACCGUUUCAAGGCCCGCCAUAACAUCGUUGGAAAAGUGUUGUGCGGCGAGUCAAUGUCAGCAGACGUGGACGGAGCAGCUGCUUGGAAGGCGAGUAACAUGGCCGGAAUUUUAAGCAACUUCGCGCCUGCAGACAUUUACAACGCCGACGAGACCGGGCUAUUCUACGAGAUGUUGCCGGCUAGGACGCUCGACUUCAAGGGGCAGCGCUGUCACGGCGGCAAACACAGCAAAAAACGCAUCACAGUGCUGCUUUGCACAAACAUGGAUGGCUCGGACAAGCGUCCGCCGUUAGGCAAAAGUGCCAAGCCGCGCUGUUUUAAGGGAACUCGUAGCCUACCUGUGCAGUACAAGGCGAACAACAAGUCAUGGAUUUUCACCGAGUGGAUGAUGGCAUUCGACCGCGACAUGAAGCGGCAGGGCCGUAAAGUUUGCUUGCUUUUGGACAAUUGUUCAGCGCAUCACUCCGACGAAGUCAAGCUCACUAACACGGAGCUGAGGUUUUUCCCUCCCAAUUGCACGUCUGUCUUACAGCUUCUCGAUCAGGGCGUGAUUCUUAGCCUGAAGCGCGCUUACCGCGGGAGGUUAAUUCAGCGGCUGCUUUUUAACACUGAAACCGGCCGAGACACGAAGGUGGACUUGUACGUGGCACUGCAGAUUAUGUCUGCUGCCUGGAGCACACUGGGGCGCUCAGUAAUUGUGAACUGUUUCAGGCACGCCGGAUUUGCCGAAGAUCGACCCGUACACUCUGCUGGCCUAACACCAGGCGUUACAGACGACGACGAAGAGGCGUCACCGGCUCCGGGGAUCGCGGCCGCCUGGAAAACGCUGGGAGAAAUAGGAACCGUGCCGCCUAAUCUCGAGCUCGACGAAUACAUCGGCGCUGACGCUUGUGUUGUUGUUCACGAAGAUGUGAGUGAUGAGCAGAUCAUAAAAGCUGCCCGGAAUGAUAAGGACUCUUCCGAUGAAGAAGACGACGACGUACAGGAAGCGCCGGCUGCGGCAACCGCCGUACAGGUGAUGGACGCUUUUGAUGUCAUCAGGAAUUUCGUUGCUGUCCGAGACGACGAUGUUGCAAUGGGUUUGCUGACCGAGUGCGAAAAUCGCGUGACGGCGUUGCUCGCCGUGAAACGUAAGCAAACCAAGCUUACAGAUUUUUGGCAUUAA